AUGGUGGAGCACGCGGGCUCGCAGGUCGCUCACAUUGCUCAGCGCGACGCUUGCUUCGGUAUCUCCAAUGCUUGCCUCGCAUCGCAUGUGUGCUGCGACGCGCGAUUGCAGGUGCGCAAGCCGAGCGCGGUGAGCUUUGAGGCCGCGACCACUCUGAUCAGCACCUGGUGCACUGUGCACGUGGCGUUCGUCCGGUCCCGGCUCGUCGGCUCGCGGCGGCUGCUCGUGCACGCUACGGCCGGCGGCGUUGGCCUGGCGGCUUCGGAGUACGCCGCGUGGCUUCGCCUCCGGCUCUUUGGCACCGCGGGCGCCCCGCGCAAGCACCACCUCCUGCGGUGCUGCGGCGUACGCUCGACUGCGAGCUCUCGCCAAGCUGCCUCGUGCGGGCAUUCGCUCGCAUCGCAGCUUGGCGGGCGGCGCCUGGACGGCGUGCUCAACAGCCUGUCCGCGGACUUCAUCUCCACCUCCUUCGCGCUCCUUGCGCCGGCCGGCCGGUUCGAAGAGAUCGGGAAGCGCUCCGUGUGGAGCUUUGCGCGAGCCGCCGCCGCCGUGCCGAGCGCCUAUUCCGUCCUCGACAUGGCGCUCGACGUCCCCGCCGACCCUGACUGGUACUCUGCAGAGGUGCUGCAGGUCCUCGCGCGGCGGCUCGAGGCGGUUGUGGUCCACGGCCUCCCGCUCCGCAGGCGAGGCAUCGCAUGGUAG